GAAGGUAGCAUAAGCUCAACAUGCACAGCAACUUCAGUGGGGCUGUUCUGAUCACGGUGCUUCCUCCACUGCUGGUGACAGAGUUUAUUCUGGGGCUCCUGGGAAAUGGUUUGGCUCUUUUGAUCUUUUGCUUCUACCUGAGGCCCUGGAAAAGCAGCACGGUGCUACUGUUCAAUCUGGCAAUGACUGAUUUUCUGCUUAUCUUGGCUUUGCCUCUCCGUGCCAUCUACUACAACUCUGAAAUGAAGUGGACGUAUGGAACCUCCCUGUGUAACAUCUGCCUCUUCAUGCUGGCAAUGAAUCGCAGCGGGAGCACCUUCUUCUUGAUGGCAAUUGCAGUAGACAGGUACAUGCGUGUGGUGCAUCCUCAUCACCCCAUCAACUCUUUGAGUGUACGUAAAGCCAUACUUGGUGCUCUUGGACUGUGGCUGCUUCCUGUUUCAAUGACAGCUCAUCUCCUCACUCUGCGACACAGCACAAAUAGCUGUGACAGCUUCAUGGUUGAUACUAUGGCUUCAAGUACUCAGUCAUGGCACAAGUUCACGUUUCUUUUUUCCUUCUAUAUGCCUCUGCUUGUCAUCCUUUAUUGCACCAUCCACAUUAUCAGUCACUUGAGAGGAAGACAGAUGGCUCAACAUGCAAAGUUCAAGAAAGCUCUAUACUUCAUCAUCAUAGUGGUGGUUUUGUUCAUCAUCUGCUUCCUCCCAAGCAAUAUCGCACUGUUGCUGACCUGGAUCACAAAUUCUUUAAAAGCCAAUGACCAUGAUACUGCGGCGAACCUGACCAUUGUAUUUUACAUCACCAUCACUCUGACCUACCUCAACAGCGUGUUGGAUCCAGUGGUCUACUACUUCUCCAGCCCUGCUUUUAAGAACAUCUGCAGGAAAGCUCUGAAUUUGCCUCAGAUGGACACAGCUGAAAGCACAGAGAGGAAAACCCGAGAAACUGGCUCGCAGUCACUCAGCCAGCUGUGAUGACAAAACCAAGGAAACAAGUUUUAUCUGUGAACCUGCAAAUGCUAAGCUUAUUUAAUGUCGCGUAUGUGUAACAGCUAACAUUUUUAUUUUCUAUAAUCUUCUAGUUUAAGUGCAUUUGUUUUCCAAUAUCUAGCUAAAAGCAUUUCUUCUGCAAAUUUAAGUUCACGUUCCAUCUGGAAAAAUCUUUGACAUGACUUUUCUUCAUGACCUUAUAUUAUGUGAGAAAUUUAGUCCAUAAUUAUGCAGAAUGUUAAGAGAAUAUUACCAAAUACUUCCAGAGAAAGUAUGUAAAUAUAGAUAUGUAUACUGUUUAUGCACAUACAGUAUAUCUGUGCAUAUGCAUGCACUAUUUAUAGAGCUAUAUAUGUAUAAUUGUUUAUAUAUAUUGUCUUUUUGGAUAUUUUCUUUUUCUGAAAAAGCUAAAUGACAUUUAAUUGAUUAAGUCUUGUAGAUUUUGGUUUUAAAAUGAUCAUUGUUAUCAGGACAUGAUGAGUUAUGGGUAAUUUGUAGGCAGUUAACUCAAAAUGUCUAUUAGGUCAUUGC